AUGGAUUUGACUCAGAAAGAAGAAAAUUCUGAUGACGAUGGCUACUUCGGCAAACGUAAAUCAUCUAAGGCUUGCGCUAAAAUAAAUAAAUAUGUUGACGAUGAAGUUGAAGAGAAUAACCAAGAAGAUGGUAAUUUAAGUUACGACAGCGAACCUCUGGCAAGAUUGGUUUUACAAAGAACUAAAGAAUCGCAGACGAUGCGGUUAACAAGUCUAUUUUAUACGGAGCUAAGACGAUUUUUGCAAUAUGGAGGUAUGAAAAGAGAAAUGAAGAACAAAGCGAAAGUUGUAGAACGGAGAGACGACAGCAAAGGAACUCAAAAGAAGACGACAGUGUCUACGACAGCUGCGGCAGCGACAAAAACGAGGCGGUGCUUUAAUUGUGGUGACAAAAAUCACGUAAGUGCAGACUGUCCAGUGAAGGACAAGGGUGUCAAGUGUUUCAAAUGCAAAGAACAUGGACACAAAGCAACAGUUUGUCCCACAAAAGCAAAAGAAGCAAAUAUUGUGUCGCGACCAGGGGAUAAAAAAUACAUGAAAGACGUAGUGAUAGGGGGUCAAAAGUUUACGGCGCUUGUAGAUACAGGCAGCGAUCUAACUUUUAAGAGGACAGACGAAUAUUUAAAAAUUGGAUUACCUGUGCUGCUAAACCGCAAGGUUAAAUUCGAGGGACUUGGCUCUAUCGGUAAUGAAAUGAUGGGUGAAUUUUCCGCAAGAGUUAUAGUCGAUGGGGAAGAAUACCCUAAUACGUUUCAUGUAGUUAGUAGUGCAAUUUUAAAACGAGGCCUAUUGUUGGAAACAGACUUUUUAAACAAGGUGGAAUUAAGAGUAAAAAGAGGAAAUGUUACUUUCGCGAAAGUAGAAGUUAACGAUAAUCCAGAUGAGCCGGAAAUAUAUAAUAUUAACGUAGUAGACGUAACAAAUGUGGAUCUGUCACAGAUUAAAGAACUGAGUGAUCGCGAAAGACUAUGA